CAGCAGCACCGACUCUGCGGAAAAAAGCUGAAUUAAAAUUAGCAAAAAUGUCGCUAACGUUACCGUGAUUUAACACUGGGCAUCGCGGGCAUCCAUGGUCUAUUUCCCGGGCAUGCAAACCGAGGCGCACAGCGUCAAGCCGGGACAGCUGGUCGAGAUGUUUGACUCUUCGUGGAGGGUGCGGAACAUUUGGGACGGGGUGAGGCUGGAGGUGGUGGAUGACCCAAGCCCGGUGGUCCUACACAGCCUCACACACCUGGACCCGGACCUGCCGCUGCUGGAGAGCUCGACGCAGGAGAUUGGGGAGGAGACCGAGGAGGACGCCAUCUUCACCAUCACGCUGAGGAAGGUGCAGCUCCACCAGUCGGCCAGUAAGGGGCAGCGAUGGCUGGGCGUGGACACGGACUCCGCCCUGAGCCUCUACGAGACCUGCAAGGUGCGGACCAUCAAGGCCGGCACUCUGGAGAGGCUGGUCGAGUACAUGGUGUCAGCGUUCAGGGGAAAAGACUCCACCUACGUCACCAUCUUCCUCUGCACCUACCGCUCCUUCGCCUCCACCAGGCAGGUGCUGGAUCUCCUGCUCAACAGGUAUGCCAAGGUGCAACACAUCCCCGUAGCCACAGCUCACAGAGUGUCCCAGGACGACUGCACAGAGCUGAGGAACACUGUGUCUUCAAUCCUGGGCGCGUGGCUGGACCAGUACUCCGAGGACUUCUGGAGCCCUCCCACCUACGACUGUCUGCACCAGCUCAUGUCCUACCUCCGCAUGCACUUCCCCGGCUCGGACCUGGAGCGCCGCGCCCGCAAUCUGCUGGCCCACUUCCACCGCCGACAGCAGUGUGAGCCUGAUCCUGAUGGGGAACACAUUGGCUGCCCUUUUGCUACGCAGGAAGAGAGCGGCUUCGAGGACGAGCUUCCUGCUUUCAGCUUCCUGUCCUUCGACCCCAUUAUGGUGGCAGAGCAGUUCACACUCAUGGAUGCGGACCUGUUUAAAAAGGUGGUGCCAUACCACUGUCUGGGGGGGAUCUGGUCUCAGCGGGACAAGAAAGGCAAGGAACACCUGGCCCCCACCAUCAGAGCCACUGUGGCCCAGUUCAACUCCGUCACCAACUGUGUCAUCACCACCUGCCUAAGCAACCCCGUGCUGAAGCCCAAUCAGAGAGCGCGGUUGCUGGAGAGGUGGAUAGACGUGGCACGGGAGUGUCGGAUAUUAAAGAACUUCUCCUCGUUGCGAGCCAUCCUUUCUGCCCUGCAGUGCAAUGCCAUCCACCGCCUGAAAAGGACCUGGGAGGAAGUGUCACGGGAGAGUUUCCGCACCUUCCGCGAGCUGUCCGAGAUCUUCUCAGACGACAACAACUACUCCCUCAGCCGAGAGCUGCUGGUGAAGGAGGGCACGUCCAAAUUCGCCACUUUGGAAAUCAACCCCAAACGAGCUCAGAGGAGACACCAGCAGCAGAGAGAACUGGGAGUGAUGCAGGGGACGAUUCCUUACUUGGGGACCUUCCUGACGGACCUGGUGAUGAUGGACACUGCCAUGAAGGAUUACACCGAGGGCGGUCUGAUCAAUUUUGAGAAGAGAAGAAAGGAGUUUGAGGUGAUCGCUCAGAUCAAACUGCUCCAGUUAGCCUCCAACAACUACAGUUUCACUCAGGACAGCCACUUCAGGGAGUGGUUCGCAGGCGUGGAGAAACUCAGCGAGGCAGAGAGCUACAAUCUGUCCUGUGAGAUCGAGCCGCUGUCGGAGUCGGCCAGCAACACGCUAAGAGCCAAGAAGAACGGAGGAAUCAUGAAGCGCUGGAGCGACCGGCAGUUGACGGAGGCCGGCUGCAGCGGCCCCCCCGGCUCUCAUUCCAAGUCCUUCGACCACUCACACUACAGACCAUACCAAGGAGGCGGGGGGGACAGCGGCGACGCUCUCAGCGUCACCUCCGUCAGCUCCAGUGGUUCAGACCUGGAGGACGUGAACGCAAGCUUCCUGUCAGACUCUCCGGAGGGACACGAGAGAAAGACGUCGACUCCCUCUGUGAAACUUACUGUCUCUGCUUUGGGGAGGGAAGCUCUGGCAGCAGAUACGUCAACGGUGAUGAGUCAGGACAAGACUCCAUCCGUCUUCAGGAAGGAAUUAUUCUGGGAGUGCACGUCUCUCUCCUCCCUGGACACCUCUGGGACGGGCUCCAGCUCCGGUUCGGCCUCAGGCUCCAGCAGCGCCUCCUCCUCCUCCGUCUCCUCCUCCACCCCGCUGUCCGCCUCCCGCUCACACAAACGCUCGGUUUCGGCGGUGUCCAACUACUCCACCCUGUCGCUGCCGCUGUACAACCAGCAGGUGGACGACUGCUGCAUCAUCCGGGUCAGCCUGGACGUGGAGAACGGCAACAUGUACAAGAGCAUCCUGGUGACGAGUCAAGACAAGACUCCAGCAGUCAUCAGGAAGGCGAUGAUCAAACACAACCUGGAGCGGGAGAAGACCGAGGAAUACGAGCUGAUGCAGAAAAUCUCUGAAGACAAAGAGCUCCGGAUCCCGGACAACGCCAACGUUUUCUACGCCAUGAACUCCACUGCCAACUACGACUUUGUGCUGAAGAAGCGCGGCUUGGCCCGGCCAAUGCGGACCAAGAAUGUGGCCAGCUCCACGCUGCCUCGCAUGAAACAGAAGGGACUGAAAAUAGCUAAAGGGAUUUUCUGAAGGGAGAAACGCACCACUUCCUGCCUCCCCUCCACGAACCCCUUUAACCCUCUCUCUGGUUUCCCACUCCUGAGAAGAAACAAUUUUGUUCGGUCGGAGGCAAAAGAAUCUUGGUUUUGGACAAAAACACAAGAGGAGAUGAAUGACCAGCCUUUCUGUGGAUGAGCAGAAAGCAGAGGAAGCACUUAGGAACAGCUGUCGCAUCAUCAGGACCCUUCGAGGGCUUUAUAAGGCCUGUGGAAACAUCCAUGCUGUUUUUUCCGGAGACACAAAAAGGAGGUUUUUGUGGAUAAAAGUGUCUGUGAAUGCUCGGCGGAGGGACCAGUCGAACACUCGGGGUAAAAUGUCCCGUUGCUUGUGAAGAUGCAGAUCCAUAUCCUGUUUUUCUUUUACUUUUGGUUUACAAGUGUUUACGUCCGAACGUUACUCGCUCAGCUCUUAGAGGUUUUCAUUCGAGCCUCUUGCUUGAGUUUUUAAUGCACCUUUUGUUUAAAACGAUUUAAAAACCCCAGAGUUCCUCGAUCGCUGAACGUCACUCACCCUGUCACGGGGUACACACACGAACAAUGCACAGCUGGGCGUUUCGAAUGUGUGUCAAUUUUGUCAGGGAACUUUUCCUCGUGAGUGUACCACCGCCUUUUACCCCCGGGUUCCUGAUGUCGACAGUGUUUCUGGGACCACGGCACUGAACCUCUCACGCUCUGUGGAUUUCUUUCAGUGUUUUCCCACCAGUAGAGCGAGCGGAACUCUUUUAAAAUCUAAAAAGCUGCCAUGUUACAAAAAAAACUAAAACAAAAGGGUCAGAAAUGGAAACAUGGGUGUCAAAAAAAAAUCCAGUGGGCACAGCCAUGAGUAUCAUGCUUUUUUCUUUUUAUUAUUAAUGAGUUGUAAUCACUACACCGCGAAGGACGAGGCAAUGACUGGGACCCCGACCCCAAACGAGGGAAGUUCAAGUGAGCAGAAAAAACCAACCGAGUGUAUAUAUCCAUUAACACCGACUGUGCAGUAUGUGCUUUUGAAACGGACCAUGAGAUUUUUGUUGAUAGACUUUGUCACGAUAUCAACAUUUUUUUAUUCAUUUUUUUCUUUGUUCAUUCUGUAUAGCAUCUCUCUGCUCUCAUAUGGUGCUGCUAAUUAUCCUCAUCCCAUUAUGGAUUUAUCUACUUUCUGGCCGCCAUGUUGGAAGACGGCAAAAAAACAUGUCUUCUGCUCUGCGGGGGGAGACGUUUUUAAUAUCAGUUUGUUGUUUUCAAAAAAACAAGUUAAAUUGUAUGGAGAACUAUUACUGCCAAGAAAAGACAACAAAAAAAAAAACAUGGAGGAAUGGAUAGGAAAAAAGUAAAUACAUUAACACUGAUAAUGUGACACAUUUUCAAAACAUUUCUCAAAAAAUCAUUUGAUAAAAUUGAUACAAAUAUUUGAGUAAAACUCCGAAAUAAUCCUAGUAACAUUUUUAUUACAAGUGAAUGUCCUUAAUUAACUUUUUUGUCAAACAGUUGAACAUAAAUACUAAACAAUCAUCCCCAGAAAUAGAAAAGGUUCACAUUUCUUUCCAUUUUUUAUCAUUCCUAAUUUUCCUUAAAUUCUUUCCUUUUCCUGGCAAAAAUGGGCUUCCAUACACCUGAGUGAAACCUUUUUAAACAUAAUUAUUAGUUAUGUUUCCUGAAAUACUACAGUAGAGAAACUCCAAGAGACAAAUAAAAAUACACACGACAAAAAUCAGUUAAUUUAGGAGCAAACUGAUGAUCUGGUUUAACCCUGGACUGUUGCACGGGAAGAAGACCCUAACCCUUCAGUUCUUCCAGCAUGGCGGACUAUCCUUCACAUCCUUCAGUUCCAAACGUGCCAUGCUUGGCCUGUGUGUCGCCCCUAAGUCCUGCUGAUUUACCCUGCCAGACGUGUUGAAGGUAUAUAUUUUUUGAUUAUUUCUCAGAUCUGGAAAGCUUGUCAAAGUGCAGGAGAAGCUUCUUAAAUCAGACGCAGUGUGUAGGAGGCGCCCCGGUGAUGCUGCCAAAACUGCGAAAUCGCUGAUUUUUCUGAGCUUUCCGUGACGUGUUUCUUUACAGGUAGAAUCCAACCUAAAACAUCUAACCAGUUUUUGGUGAUGCACUUUCCAUUUCCCACAAAUACAUUCCAACAACAGUACACUUUAUUAGAGUAUUUUUUUCACAGCCUCCCUCUGUUGGCACACAAGACACAUUACUCAAUUAAUGUUUUGAGUGUAUUACACAAGAAGCAUGCAUAUGAAACAAUAAUCUCCAAGAACAGGAUUAAGCUUUAAGCUCAUUUCCAUCUGAAGUAUCUUUUGUGUUAUUUAACCGUUAGCUAACCCCCAACCCAGUUAAUAUGCUCUUCACAAGGGCAACGUGACUGAUUAUUUCUAAAACAAUGGGGCCUUUAUUUCAGAUAAAAGCAGCUGGUGAUUUGCAACAGGCAGAAGAUUGAAAAAAACAGUUGUCUCUUAGAGCUUUUGUCAGCUGUAGUUUACUACCUCCAGCUGCUGCAUGUUAGUUUCCAACUGACUUGUUUUACCACGAGAAAUGUGUGAUAGAGCUCUUAAUAUGCACUUGUGCUUCAUACAUGAUACCAUGCUUAAGGUUUGACGCAAAAAAUCCUCCCCAGUUGAUGAUCCAUCCUGUUUUGGUUUCUUAGCGUUCAUACCUCGGAUGUAUAAAGAGAACUGCAUACAGCGUUGGAGGCGCGACCACGUUCAUUCCCGUAGAGUUGCUCUGGGGGGCAUGAAGCCAAAAUGGCCUUACUCUUGAGAGCAAAAGUACCCAUAUCUGGGCCCAUAGAGCGUGCGCACUUCCGUUUUCCAUUGGCCCCGCUUUUGAUCUCCCAGGCUCGACUGGAGAUAAUAACUCUGGCUUUGGCUUUUAGCGCAUUUUACAUCUUUUAGACCCUUAUCGGUUAAAUAAAGGCUAUAAAAGUGUUCCUACUGGGUACUUGAUUUAGUUUUAAGUAAAUGACAUCGCAGACGGACACGGAAACUGUAGUACCACCGUUUGGCCACUACAAAAUGUGCUUCAAUGUCGAGCGCACUUCCUGGGGGCUUGGUGCAUACUUUAUAAAUAUUUUCAGUUUAAAGAUAAGGACUAAACAACAUGUCUGAAAACAUACUACUCUGUUGUUUGCCAACAGUUACAGGAGUCUAAACGUUCCUUAUUCCAAUAAAAAGCCAGCAUUGUCACACAAUGGGAAAACACUGGACCUUUGUUGACAAUAACCUGUAAUCCACUAAAUGUAGUUGUGCUCUUUGGCCCUGAUGUACUGCGCGGUUGCUACUCUGGCCUUAAGUCAAGCUAGGUUCUGACCACAUAAACAUGUUGCACAGCAUUCUGGGACAUGUAUGAAAUGACAGCAUAUGGGGAAGUGGAUACACCAAAAGCUGAAAUGUAUCAGAGGUUGGAUUUCCCCUAUUUUUUUCAUACACACUACAUUCGCCUGCGACCACGUGUUGCCUUUUUUAAAAUUUUACUUCAAUCUGCAUGAGUUCAUAAUUCUCCAAACGAUCAAAUAAAUGAAGCCCCCCCCCCCAUCCUCCCCAUAACUUGUGAUAGCGAAAUGAUGAGGAUAGCAGAGGGCACCUGGACGUUACACGGUGGUACAUUUCUCGCUGUGGAACACUGUGACCGUUGACCUUUUCAAUUGAUCGGCGCUUCAUGUUGAGCACUGUGAAAAAAAAAAAAAAAUGGCCUCGCUCCGGCUUUAUUGUGUCAUAGUGAACAUUUGCCUUUCACUUACGUUGUUGGCGACCCUCCUUGUGCCAAAAAUGACAAAGAAAAGAGAAACAAUUUUUGCUUUUUAACAGACGAGUCCUCUGCCUUUCACAGUGAGGAACAAAGAUUUGUAUGUUUACUGUCGUUGCAUUUUUCUGAGAAAACUAAAAAAAUGGGUGAGUAGAACACUAUGGACCCGUUUCCCAUGUGGAAAAUUUGACUGUAGUCCGAGAAACUUGAAGCAAAGAUGUUUGUCCGGAGCGUCAGAUGAAGCUGUUGUAGAAACUCCUCCUUCACAAUUCUGUCUCUUAUCUCUUGAUGUCUUCUUUAACUUCUUUUCCGCGGCUCAUUUAGCAAAUAUUCAAAAGUAAAGCGUCUCUGCUAAUAUGAUCUUGCAUUUUCAUCCAUAAACCAGGUUUUAUUUCCAACUAAACUCUAAGCCUGAGAUGCAUCAAAUAAAAAAAAGUAAGACAUUUUAGUUUAGGAAACAAAGAAUCUCAUUAUGUUUUCUUUUUCCUACAGAACUUAUCGAACAAACUUUAGGUUGUGUGAGAAUUUAAACAUUAUUCUGUUCAGAGGUCCAGAACGUGAGAUAUUUUGUCGAGUUUAUUGUCUUUAUUUCCCAGGAAAUCACCCUAACCCAGAAUUUGUUAUCAACUGAUCCAAUUGGUACCUUUUUAAUGCAGAGUGGUGCAAUUUAAUGCUGUGAAAACUAUGAGAAAAAAAAGACGAGAAAAUAAAAAUGUUGUAAUAACAUACAUGUCAAAGCUAAAAGAACAGUAGAGAAUGAAAUCUAGAUUAUUAAAAUAAAAACAUAUUUAUGAGUAAUUUCUCUAAAUAAAUACGAUCAAAUUAUUUUGUCUCUCAAUUGGUUCUGCAGCCUAACAUUUAAAAAACGAUUCCUUGUUUUCCCACAGUACCAUGUUUCUGUAGCAGCUCCAUCUCCAUAUUACGUGUGUUCUCUAAAGCAUUGUGCACGAGUGGAUCUUUUAAAUGAGCUGACCCACCCCCCUACCCUGAGUGUUUCUGUGCUGGUGAGGUUGAUGUUGGACUGGUUUGUGUGUCGUCGUAGCUCGUGGUGAAUUGAAGUACCUUUUUUUUGUGAUUUGACCUGAUUCUGUGCGAGUUCGAACAAAAAGGCUGCGUUUACAAGAAAAAAAAAACCAGCUGGCGUGGUGUGUGUGUUUUUUUAAUUUAAUUUUAUUGUUUUGUUCCCCCUGAACUAUGCUCGGGUGCCAUUUUCCAUUUUAACUAAAAGAAUUUCCAAACUUUUUCUAACUGCAGUGUGUUUCUCAUUUUAUUUUUCCUACUUUUCCCAAGAACACAAAAACCUGUGUAAAAAACAAACCUGUCCUGAUUUUGUCUUUGUUUAUUUAUUAAUUUGUAUAUAAAGAUUUUGUUUUGCAAUGUACAUUCUUUCCUUUCUUGGUUAUAGAUUAAUAUAUUCAUGUAUAUACGAAUAAACAUUAAGUUUAUAAAAUGAAUAA